AUUCAAAAUAGAGAGAACAAAAGAGGUGACCCGUAUUACCGUUGGCAGCACGCACUACACACGCUCAGAAACCCACAGAGCGGCCGGAGGAAGAUGAUGCCGAGAAACUCCGGCGUGGCGAAGUUGAAAAUGAGGUCGAAAUCGACGAGGAAACCACUUCGAGACUUAUCGAAUGCCAAGCUCGCCGUGAAACCUGCCGAUAAUUUGAAGAAAACUUCCGAACACGAAAGAGGACAAAUUGGAGACGAAGUUUCACUCGAUCGCCUCCUCCUCGUACAGUCUGAUCUCUCAUCUCUCGUGCGUCAGAUUGAUGAACUAGUUGUCCAAGCACUCCAGUUGACAGGCAAUAAAGGGAAGAAGGAAAUUAAACAAUUUGCGGAUGUCUUGUCUGAUAUGCAGACCUCCUUGAAGCCAUGGGUUCCCAGAUUGCAGAAGGCACUGCUCAGUCAAUCAAUGCCGCCCAAGAACGAAUCAGAGCAAUCAACAGAAAGAACUGUACCCUGUGUGCCAGUAGAACACGAAAGUGAAGUUUUUGAAAGCCCUGAAAAAACCAAGUGGGAUUCGCUCGUCUCCCCAUCACCCCUCGUGUCAUGGCGGGCCGAAUGCAACACGGAAGGUGGCAGGCAAUUGUUUUUACUUACACCACUGCCUCAAAAGGGGGCAUUUUCGUUAAAACGGCAAGUGAUUUCCAUUCCCACAUUCCAAAAUAUUGAAACUGAAGAAAAUACCAAGUGCGGGAACUCAACCAAGAUUUCUGAAGCGAAUUGUCUGUCAACUUUUGUCAUGACUCCACGCGUGAGAAUGUCACCGCCUAAGUCUUGCAUUCUGCUCGAGCCCAUAUCCAAGUCUGCCCAGAAGAAGAAAACCCUUGGGGGGGCCUACAAAGCGACACCUUUUCCUGUGCACGCUCGAAAUUCUGGUGGUGGGUCCCAAGAUUCCGAUUCCUCCGGCACUGCUCAAUCUUCGGAUGAUCUGGCAAUGAAAUACCCUGAGCUUUUCGGAAUCAAAUUGAAUGAUCUGGAAAGGAAGAUGGUGGAGGAAGAUUCUCCUGAUUGGAUUGUCUCACCUCCUAAAACAUGCGUAAUAAUGGAGCCUGCUGAUCAAAAAUUGCUGGGAAAUACUUCUGGUAACAACUUGGGAAAGCAAAAAGAUGCAGCUUGUGAUCAGCAAGACAACUUGUUUGCCCUGAAGAAAGUAGACUACAAAGGGGGUCAAGCUAUAGGAUGUGAAAUUGAUUUAGUUGAGAGCACACCCAUGAUUAAAGAACCUAUAAGCUGUUUACGAACGGGAAAGCAGCCAGGGGAAAAUACUUUGAAAAAGGAACUUUGGACGAGAUUUGAAGCUGCAACGACUCAUGGUAUGCAUUUCGGUGACUCUGUUCUCCAAGACAAGACUACUAAAAAGGGAUUUCUUGACCGUUUAGAAGAGGCUCUUGAAUCAUAAAAAUUUUAGUUUGUAUUUGGGUAUAUUUUUUGAACUCUACUUGUGGAAGUAUAAAGUUUGAAGGUCUUAAGAUGAUGUAUCACUUGUAUGCCAACUUCCCAAAAAUAUGAGAGCCUCAUUAUUGACAAUUUUGAAGGACUUGGGAGACACUGUACAGAUAUUCUGUAUUAUCAUUUUAUAUGAUCUGCAUAUGUUCUGGCACGUUGACCACGGCACCAAAACUGUUGACCACGGUUAAGGUUCAAAACCUGAACUGAAUACAGUCAAAAUGCGGGCAGGUUAUGGUUCAUUUAAGUUAUUUAUUUUGCGAUCCGGUUCAGUAAUGCAACCUGAAUUGGACAUUCCAAAAUUCAAAUUUUGAAGUUUACCUUCCUAGACCGGAUCUGGAUGAACUGCCG